CGUGCUAGGCAGCUGCUGCUAGCUAGGAGUAGCUCGUUGCAGUGCUGCCAUUCUCUCUCUCUCUCUCUCUAGCUCGUCUUUAAAGCUGUCGCCUUUUGCCGCUCUCGGCGGCUCGGCUCCUGUCUCCUCUCCUCUCUCUCUCCUCCUCCUGAACCCGCUGCUGGGUGGUUCCUCGUCUGCCGUCUCCUUCUGUUUCGACAGGAUCCGGCAACCCGGCGCGCGAGCGAGCACUGCUGGUUCUGGGAGGCGUCGCUGGGCGGGUGCGCGCGUGUUUUCCAGCCGAUGGCCGAGAUUCCGGGCACCACCGCGGCGGGCGGUUUGCUCGGGGGUACGCUGUGACGCCGGUCAGUAGCUGGCGACGGUGCCCGUGCAUCUCUCGGUUGCGAUUGCGCGCGCGGAAAGCUGAACAGGUGACAACGUCAUUCCUCAGAGCCCCGUUUCGCGUACCUCUGCGGUUAAAUCAUUUCGGACACCGAUUUCGUUGCAAUCUCGCAGGUUUUGAUCGCUGUGAGAGGGUGGAAUUGAAGGUGCGAAGGGAAGUGGUGGUCGGAGGCGGAGAGGACGGCUGCGUGUUGGAGCUUUUUCUUUCGGUGGUGCUCGGCGGCCGGCAACAAUGGCAGCAGCCGUAGCGAUGCGGAGCGGGAGCAGCGAUGGCGGCGGCGGGUACGAGAAGGGCGGGAUGGACACGGGCAAGUAUGUGCGGUACACGCCGGAGCAGGUGGAGACGCUGGAGCGGGUGUACGCUGAGUGCCCCAAGCCCAGCUCCGCGCGAAGGCAGCAGCUGCUACGCGAGUGCCCCAUCCUCUCAAACAUCGAGCCCAAGCAGAUUAAAGUCUGGUUCCAGAACCGGAGGUGCCGUGAUAAGCAGCGGAAGGAGUCUUCGAGGCUCCAAGCCGUGAACAGAAAAUUGACCGCAAUGAACAAGCUUCUCAUGGAGGAGAAUGAGCGAUUGCAGAAGCAGGUUUCCCAGCUGGUUCACGAGAAUGCGUACAUGAAGCAGCAGCUACAGAAUCCGUCAUUGGCAAAUGAUGCCAGCUGUGAUUCAAAUGUGACCGCUCCUGCAAACCUAAGGGAUGCGAGUAACCCAUCAGGGCUCCUUUCAAUUGCAGAGGAGACCUUGACAGAGUUCCUCUCAAAGGCUACAGGGACUGCUAUUGAUUGGGUCCAAAUGCCUGGGAUGAAGCCUGGUCCGGAUUCUUUUGGUAUUGUGACCAUUUCACAUGGUGGCCGUGGUGUUGCUGCCCGUGCCUGUGGUCUGGUGAACCUAGAACCAACAAAGAUUGUAGAAAUCUUGAAAGACCGCCCAUCUUGGUUCCGUGAUUGUCGGAGUCUUGAAGUCUUUACAAUGUUACCAGCUGGAAAUGGUGGGACCAUUGAACUUGUUUACAUGCAGAUGUAUGCUCCUACUACUUUAGUUCCUGCACGGGACUUUUGGACACUGAGGUACACAACCACUAUGGAGGAUGGCAGUCUUGUGGUUUGUGAGAGAUCUUUAAGUGGUUCUGGAGAUGGUCAAAGCGCUGCCACAGCACAACAGUUUGUAAGAGCCGAGAUGCUUCCUAGUGGCUAUUUAGUUCGCCAAUGUGAGGGUGGCGGCUCGAUUGUGCGAAUAGUGGACCAUCUCGACCUUGACGCUUGGAGUGUUCCUGAAGUUCUUCGCCCCCUCUAUGAGUCGUCCCGGGUAGUUGCUCAGAAGAUGACAACCGCAGCGCUACGGCACCUCAGACAAAUUGCUCAAGAAACAAGUGGAGAGGUUGUAUAUGCUAUGGGGAGGCAACCAGCUGUUCUACGAACAUUUAGUCAGAGGCUGAGUAGAGGUUUUAAUGAUGCUAUAAGUGGUUUCAAUGAUGAUGGUUGGUCCAUUAUGGCUGGAGAUGGCAUAGAAGAUGUUAUCAUUGCUUGCAACUCGAAGAAGAUUAGGAGCGGUAGCAAUCCUGCAACUGCUUUUGGAGCCCCUGGAGGUAUCAUCUGUGCUAAAGCAUCCAUGUUGCUGCAGAGUGUUCCUCCAGCAGUCCUUGUUAGGUUCCUGAGGGAACAUCGGUCUGAGUGGGCAGAUUAUAACUUCGAUGCAUAUUCAGCUUCAGCGCUGAAAACAAGCCCUUGUUCCCUUCCUGGGUUGCGGCCUAUGAGAUUUUCUGGGAGCCAGAUCAUCAUGCCCCUUGCUCACACGGUGGAGAAUGAGGAGAUCUUAGAAGUUGUUCGGCUUGAAGGACAGACUCUUACACAUGACGAGGGCCUUUUAUCAAGAGAUAUCCAUCUGCUUCAGCUUUGCACUGGAAUAGACGAGAAAUCAAUGGGAUCCUGCUUCCAGCUUGUCUUUGCACCAAUCGAUGAGCUUUUCCCUGAUGAUGCUCCAUUAAUAUCCUCAGGCUUCCGUGUUAUCCCAUUGGACAUAAAAACAGUUGAGUGUUUCUUACUUGUUUAUCUGUUUGAGGAUGGACUAUCCUCUGGAAGAACGUUAGAUUUGGCCUCUAGCCUUGAAGUUGGUGCAACCACACAACAAGCAUCAGCAGAUGGAUCUCAGGAUGCUUGCAACCUGCGAUCUGUGUUGACAAUUGCCUUUCAAUUUCCCUAUGAAAUACAUCUCCAAGAUACUGUUGCAGCUAUGGCCCGUCAAUAUGUUCGAAGCAUUGUCUCUGCUGUUCAAAGAGUAUCAAUGGCUAUUUCUCCCUCCCAGUCUGGCUUGAAUACUGGGCAGAAGAUAAUUUCUGGCUUCCCUGAAGCUGCAACACUUGUUCGCUGGAUUUGCCAAAGCUACCGGUAUCACAUGGGGGUGGAUUUGGUCAGCCACUCGGAUCAAGCUGGGGAAUCACUAUUGAGAAUGUUCUGGGAUCAUCAGGACGCUGUCUUGUGCUGCUCUUUCAAGGAAAAGCCUGUGUUUACUUUUGGCAACCAGAUGGGAAUUGACAUGUUAGAAACAACUCUAAUUGCUCUACAAGAUCUCACCCUGGACAAGAUUUUUGACGAGCCUGGCAGAAAGGCAUUACACGCGGAGGUUCCGAAACUGAUGGAACAGGGAUAUGCGUACUUGCCGGCUGGGGUAUGCUUGUCUGGGAUGGGCCGCCAUGUCUCCUAUGAGGAAGCUGUUGCGUGGAAAGUUCUCGGUGAAGAUGGCAACGUACACUGCCUCGCCUUCUGUUUCGUCAACUGGUCCUUCGUUUGAUGCAAUCUAGGCGCCCUGUGCAAACUUUACGAUCGGCAUCCAUUUUUGCAUUCUCUGUAGACGAGAAUGGUACGGUGUUGCUGUUACUGUUAGCUAGGUAACACGAUGUUCAGGUAGUCUUUGGGGAAAAGCCAGUAUUGUAAAGAUGUUUCUGCCUUGUAAAUUUGCGCUCGUUUCUGCUAAUUUAACCCGCUGAACUUGCUGCUGUUUGUGAAGGCAAGGGGCACUCGUACUAGCUUGUUGGUCUGAAUGGUCCUACGUGAAAUUAUUUGUGAGUAGAUUAAAUGCAAGGAGCAGUGACCCAGAUGGCUUCAAGUCA